AUUACAUUAAACAUUAACAAUAGAAUUCGACUAAUAAAACUUAUUUUAAAAAAAAACAAGGCAUCAAUUAUCAUUGAUCCACAAUAUGCCGAAUAAUAAUCUAAUAAAUAUUCACUCAAAACAACUUAUGCUUAAUAAAUUGAUAUUAACUCUUUUGAGUAAAUACUAAAAGAAAUAUUAUUCGAUAAUAUACUAGAUUUUACUGAUUAUCAAUAUAAUCAUUAGAUCAUCGAAUUUUUCUUUAGAAAAUUUCUCUGUGUAUAUAUUUCAUUUUUAUAUUAUAUUUAUUAAAAAAAGACUUUCGAACAUAGACAACUAUAUUUAAACUGAUCAUAAAACAAAAGUAAAAGGGUAAACAGUAAAACUAAUAAAAGUAAUUGAUGAUGACAUGUUACUCUCAUUCACGUCUAUUAAUUAUUAGUCAAUAAAAUAAUCUUAGAUUGUUUGAGCAGAUGAAUUUUAAUGAUAAGACAUCAUUUCUAACUAAUCUUUUUCUGACAAACAUAUAAACAAUCUCAAAUAUAUUAUUCGAUUUGAAAUUCUAUAUUCAACCUUUUAUUUUUCAAACAUAAAACAAUAAAUUUGUUUUCUUAUAGAUUUAAUUCAGUUAAUAUUAUUUGUCUAAUUUAAUAAUAUUAUGGUAAAUAAUAUUAUUUAUUUUUUAUCAUUAAACUUUGUUCUCCUAUUUUUUUUAGAUCGAUAUUCAUAAAAACCAGAUCUUAGGAGAAAAAAGAUAAUUUUAUUUGUUAAUAUAGAAACAAUAAAUAUUUUAGAAAUAAAAAAGAAUAAAAAAUAUUUGUUGAUUUGUUUAAGAGAAGGACGUAUGUUCCUGAUUUAAUUCAAAAAUACAUUUAUGUUAUCUUUUGAAAGGGUAUAUAUAUAUCAGAUGUUUUCUCUCAUCAGAUUUCAAUUUCUUAUUCUUUUAUUAUUCGAUAAUAUAUUCAUUGAUAAUAAAUCUUACAAAUUCAUUGAUUUUUUUUUUUGUUAAUUUUCUUAGAUUCCCAAUAGAUAAUCGGACAGGUCAAACAAUGUUGGUCAAUCCAAUUCUGUUCCUAACAAUAAUAUUAUUAUGUGAAAGUACAGUAAUCAAAGUUGAUGUAUCAUCUAUGAAAGGAAAUUGUACAAUAGAAUAUGAUGAAGGAGAAUUACAUGAAGGUGAUACAAUUGAAGUUCAUGGAAAAUUCUACAAAGUCGAAGACUGUGAACUUCAUCGAGCGUAUCAUGCAUGUGGAACUCAUAUUUUAUUUCUAAUUAAUAUUGUUUGUCAAGCUCUUGAACAAAAACAAAUUGAUUUAAAUCAAAAACGUUUUUCUCGAUUUGUUAAACAUAAAUUAUUAACAGAAGCUUGUUGUCAAAGUGUUUGUACUGUUUUAGAAAUGACACGUUAUUGUCCUUAA